AUGGAUGACAUUGCGGUCAUCGGCAUGGGCCUGCGAUUCCCGGGGAAUGCUACGUCUCCAGAGGAACUAUGGAAAGUUCUUGAGCGUGGGGAAUCCCAGUGGUCCGAGUUUCCAAAAGACCGUCUCAACAUUGAUGGUUAUUACCAUCCCGGCGGCGAACGACAAGGCAGCAUCUCAUUCCGCGGUGGGCACUUCAUCAAGGGUGACUUCGCUUCUUUCGACGCUCCGUUUUUCUCGGUCGCAGCGGAAGAUGCCAAGGCAAUCGACCCCCAGCAAAGAAUCCUCCUUGAGGUUUCGUACGAAGCUCUCGAAAAUGCCGGAAUUCGAAAGGAAGAUAUUGACGGAAGCGAUGCUGCCGUCUACGUCGGGUCCUUUGUCAAAGACUAUGAACAAGUCUGUCUCCGAGAUCCCGACUGGCAACCUCAGUAUGCGGCUACUGGAAAUGGCACUGCUAUCAUGUCAAACCGCAUUUCCUACUUCUUCAACCUACAUGGUCCAAGUAUGACCAUCGACACUGGGUGCAGUGGCAGCCUAGUUUCCGUCCAUCUUGCUGCGCAAAGCCUUCGGUCGGGUGAAGCAUCUCUCGCAAUCGCAGCCGGUGCGGGGAUGAUUCUUACACCAAACACGAUCAUGCCGAUGACUGCACUGAACUUUCUUAGUCCAGAUGGAAAGUGCUUCACGUUCGAUUCUCGUGCCAACGGGUACGGAAGAGGUGAAGGCAUCGGUGUUGUCAUUCUAAAACGCCUUUCUGAUGCAAUCCGGGACAACGAUACAAUCCGAGCCGUCAUUAGAGGCUCGAAAGUGAAUCAGGAUGGCCACACGACUGGCAUCACACUUCCAAGCAAGGAAGCUCAAGUCGCAAACAUUCGUUCAGUUUACGACUCAGCUGGGCUGGAUUUCAACCAAACCGGAUAUGUUGAGUGUCAUGGGACGGGCACUCAGGCUGGAGAUUGGCGCGAGCUCAAGGCCAUCUCCGAGUCCUUGGGUUCGGAGCGUGCCAUUGGUAAUCCAAUUGUUGUCGGCUCAGUGAAGCCAAACAUUGGCCAUCUUGAAGGUGCCGCUGGUGUCGCCGGCUUGAUCAAGGGUGUUCUCACUUUGGAGCAUGGGAAGAUCCCACCCAACAUCAACUUCGAGAAGGGGAAUCCCAAUAUCGAUUUUGAAGGUUGGAGAGUCAGGGUUCCUAGGGAAAUGCUUGACUGGCCGCUUUCCGGCCUUCGACGCGUUAGUGUCAAUUGCUUCGGUUUCGGAGGCACCAAUGCACACGUUAUUUUGGACGAAGCGCCCCAAUACAUGUCUGUUCGUGGCCUAAAGGGCAACCACAACUCCUCUGAGAGCAAGACCGCCGACGAGGUUAUUCCUCCCAACCACGAUCAGCAUGUUUCUAAUGGAAACUGUGUACCACCUGCUGAGCCUCAGCUCUUCUUCUUCUCAUCUCACGAAAAGGCGGGCAUCAGAAGGCUCAUGGAAUCCCAUCUUCCAUACCUGAACUCGAAACACGAAGACUCGUCAAUCUCACCGAGAUUCCUUCGAGACUACGCCUAUACACUUGGCGCACGUCGAUCCAACCUAGAGUGGAAGCAUACCAUCAUCGCCAAGUCUCUUGGGGACCUCCUUUUCCAAAUUCGGUGCUCUCCUGAUGCUCGCUUGAGUCGAACCUCCAAGGGCAAGAAACCGAGGAUUUGUUUCGUCUUUUCCGGCCAAGGCGCCCAGUUUGCACAGAUGGGCAAAGACUUAUUGUCUUUCCCGGCCUUUCGUGAAAGUUUGAGCUCAGCCUCCAAUUACAUGAAAGAUGUUCUUGGCAGCCCCUUUGAUCUCCUGGAAGAGAUCUUGAAGGGUCCCUGCGACUCGCAGAUUUCCAACCCAGAAAUAUCUCAACCAGCAACCACCGCGCUACAGGUGGCACUUGUCACACUCUUCGGAACUUUCUCCAUCAUCCCCAAGUUCGUCAUUGGUCAUUCCUCUGGUGAGAUUGCUGCUGCAUUCGCAUCCGGUGCCAUCUCCAGGGAGACAGCAUGGGAGGUCGCUUACUACCGCGGCCUCGCUGCUUCAACCAUUCGUCAGAAGGGCGGAUGCCAAGGCGCCAUGAUAGUCGUCGGUCUGUCACUCAACAGCGCUCAAGCUUAUAUCAAACGGAGUCCCUAUCCUCUCGAGGUUGCUUGCAUCAAUAGCCCUCGCUCGACUACAUUUUCUUGCACUGCUGAGGUUGUUGACUCUGUUUUGGCCGACUUGAGUCAAAAAAAGAUUUUCCAUCGACGUCUCUCAGUUACCACAGCCUACCAUUCUUCUCACAUGAAGCUGGUUGAAGAUGACUACAGGAACGCCAUUGCCAACAUCACCACCUGCAAGCUUCCUCCGACAGCGACUAUGUUCUCUUCCGUCACUGGUGUACCCUUGGAAAAGUCUGAUCUGGACAAACACUAUUGGGUCAACAAUAUGGUGUCUCCUGUUCAGUACAUGAGCGCGAUGAAAUCCAUGAUGAGCCUUCCGGCCGAGGUGCGACCUGACAUGAUCAUUGAACUGAGUCCCAGCGCAGCUCUAAGGUCGCUGACGCUGGACAAUCUCUCCGAUACUGGGUUGUCUGAAUUGCCGACCUACCACUCGAUCCUUGAGCGCAAUUGCCCUGGGGUUUGGUCCACCUUGGAGGUAGUCAGCGAAUUGUGGACUCGGGGGUGUCCUAUCGAGAUGAAGCAUGUGGUGUCACGAGUCUCCGACCACUAUCCGCCCCAAUGUCUCGCUGAUCUUCCACCAUAUCCCUGGAACCAUACGAAGUCGUACUGGCACGAGUCUCACUUAGGUCAAGCGAAUCGAUUCAGGGAGUUCCCUCGGCAAGAUCUAAUUGGCGCACCUACUGCCGAUGCCAUCUCUUUCGAACCCCGAUGGCGCGGGUUUUUUCGCAUCUCGGAGAAUCCAUGGCUUCAGGAUCAUCAAGUUCAGAAGACAAUCGUCUACCCUGCCGCAGGAAUGGUCACUAUGGCCCUCCAGGGAGCUACCCAAUUGACCAAGGACAAGAACAACCUGUUGGGAUACGAGGUCACUAACAUGCGAAUUGACAAGGCAAUGGUCAUUCCCACUACUACCCAUGGCCUAGAGAUGGCGAUGAACUUCAAGCAGGGCUCUCAAGGCGGUCGUUCCUUUGAGUUCACGAUCUAUUCGAAACAGCUUGAGGGGCCUUGGGAACAGCAUGCCACAGGCUCGAUACAAGUUCGAUACAAGCACCGGGACUUGGUGAGAAGCUUCAGCGAGCACAGUACUCGAUUCGAAUCACUGAAAGGCAAAUGCACCGAAUCUAUCAUCCCCAGGCAGCUGUAUGAAGUCCUUGACAUUGUCGGCAUGAAUUAUGGCCCCUUGUUCCAGAACAUUAGCGAGAUCUCCAAGGGAAACAACGCCUGCAUCAGUAAGGUUCGGAUUCCUGACACCAAGUCCAAGAUGCCUGCCAAGUUUGAGUAUCCUCAUCUGAUUCACCCUGCCACACUCGAUUCAAUGUUUCAGAGUCUGUUUGCGAUUGACAACGAACCCAUGGUGCCGACAUUUAUCAGUAGCCUCUUUGUCUCGGCCGAUAUUUCGACAGACAUUAACAGAGAGUUCACUGGCUAUGCUACUGCUAGUCGAGCAGGUAUUCGCAAUGCGACUGCUAACAUUGCCAUGGCUCAGGGUGACUGGGAGCAACCCUCUGUCAUCAUUGAGGGACUUCAUUUCACAGGCUUGUCUGGCCCAUCGCUUGGGCCCAAUGGCUUCUUGCCAAAUCAUCGCAAUCUAUGUACUGAGGUUAUCUGGGCAGAAGACAUUGCAUUCGCGGAUUUCAAAACUCUCGAUGAAUUGGUGGAGUUACUGGCUCACAGGUAUCCGGGCCUGUCCAUCCUCCAAGUCGGUGGGAGCUCGUUUGUUGCUAAGAAAAUUCUUGAAAAGCUGGCAUUCAGGGUGAACCAAACACCCCGUCUCGCAAGGUACACCAUUGGAAAGGAUGAUCGUCGAGCCGCAGCCGAGAUCUUAUCUCAUGUCAAAGGCACAGUCGUGGAGUCUUUCGUCGAGGUGAGGCCAGUGGACGGUUCUGAGCCCUUACCAGACUAUCACCUGAUCCUCGUCUGCAGAGACGACAACUUGAGUGUUUCCGGCCUGCUCAAGCACCUCAAACCAGACGGUUUUCUUCUUGAACAGUGUGGUGGCUCCAUAGGACAGACUAUCAAACACUGGAAAGAUGGCGAACCGGAUUUCUCUGUCCACCGGCAAACUCUCCCCCAAGAGCCCUCACUUAUUUUGGACGUCAUCAUAAUGGUGCCCAGUGAUCCUCACCCAUUGACCAGCACUCUUUCUGCGAAUAUCACCCACUGCAUAUAUGAUUUCGGCUUUCCUUCAGUGACUAUGAAAGAUGACCAGAUCUUGGACAGCCUCGAGGCGAUUAAGGGCAAGGUGGUUGUCUCGCUUCUUGACUUCGCCAACACACCUGACCAGCUUCCUUUCGUCUUUGGUUGGACGGAGGCCAAAUUUAACGCAUUCCAUGCCUUGCAAAAAUCUGCAAAAGGAAUUAUUUGGAUCACUCACGCUGCUCAUAUGAAGCCGCUCAACCCAGCGGGUGCUCCAAUGGUUGCUUUGGCCAGAACACUCAUGUCAGAAGACCCGCUCAAGACAAUUGUGACCUUCGAUCUAGGAGCUUACACAAUCCCAACCAACCCAUCCGUUGCGAGCGCCAUUUCUCGUGUCAUGCUACAGACGUUUACUCCCAAUCGAGGCUCUGCCUAUCGGGAGUUGGAGUAUGCUGAAGAACAUGGGAAACUCUUCAUUCCACGCCUAGUUCCCAUCAACACUCUCAACAGGUUAAUUGAAGAAGGGAGCUCUCCAGAUACCACAAUCCAAUCUUUCCACCAAACUGAAAGCUGCAUCAAGCUGCAGAUUUCUAAACCGGGUCUUUCUGACGACGGUCUUCUGUUUUCUACGGUCCGUGAUUCGGCACCCAGCACUGACGAAGUGGAAAUCAUCUUCGAAAGCGCAACUGUCAACCAUGUUGACUUGGAGGUCCUUAUGGGACGAACUGUUGAUUCUGAGAUUGGUCUAGAUGUCAUUGGCCGCGUUGGUCGAAUUGGAGACAGCGUGUCCAGCUUUGUAACAGGUGAUUCGGUUGCAGCUGUAGUCUCUGAUGGCGCCAUCCAGAACAGGAGUAACGUCCACAGCUCGCUAGUUCGAAAGAAGGCAUCAAAUCUGCCUCUUAGUCAAACCGCCAGCGCCUAUCACGCCCUAACCAGAGUUGGGCGACUCGGGUAUGGGAGAACCGUUCUUGUCCAUGCUGGAGCAAGCUCCCAUGGUCUGUCUGCAUUGCAUGUUGCGUGCCGGCUGGGUGUAGAAGCCUUUGCAACUAUCAUGGGGCCAAAUCUUGCAAAGCAGCGAGCUCUUCUUGAGCGCAAUGGCCUCGGGGCCAGUCACAUCCUUGAGGCGGACUCGGAUAACUUCGCCAGGGCUGUCCAAGACCUGACUGGUGGAAGGGGUGUUGACAUGGUCUACAACUCGACUCAACAGCACAUCGAGGCCAACUUUUCCUGUGUCCGCAAAAGUGGGACUAUUGUCCAAUUCAGAAACAAAUCUCCCUGUCCGCCAGCAAUUCAGCUGCCUCCGAGCUCAAUUUCAUUCAUCAACUUCGACUUUGCGCAACUCUUGAAAGAUGAGCCCGAAUACAUCGCGGAGUUGCUCGACGAGACUUCACAACUUCUUGAGAAACAUGGAUGGGAAUCCAUGACGGAUCUCAAUCUCAGCACGAACAAUCUGCUCUCAAUCCAGGAAGCAUUCCAGUCCAUUCAGAAGAGCCCAUAUCUCGGAGUUGUUUCCAUCGAUGGCAACCGUCAGAGCGCGCCUGAGGUAAAAGUUGCUGUCCCAAAACUCCUCCGGCCCCUCUGCGACGCCAUUUUUGACGACAGAACGUAUCUCCUCGCUGGUGGCUUGGGCGGUCUUGGUCGGAGCAUCUGUGAACUCAUUGUCAACAAUGGUGCUCGUCAUGUCGCCUUCCUAUCGCGAUCUGGUGCUUCCUCCGAAGCAUCUAGUCAGUUCAUCGCAGACCUCCAGACAAUGGGCAUCGAUGCAAGGUUCUUCCAAGUUGACAUUUGCGAUGCCAGUGCACUGGAGGAGACUAAUGCCAUGAUCUGUAAAGAGAUGCCUCCUGUCGCGGGAGUCUUCCAAUGUGCAGCUGUCAUCAAGGAUGCCGUUUUCGACAACAUGAGCUACUCCGACUGGCUCACUGCGACAAAGCCCAAAAUCACCGGCUCUACCAACCUCUUGUCAGUCAUACCUCGCAAAAACCAGGCCGAACCCUUCUUCAUCUUCCUCUCAAGUUCGGCCAGCGUGAUUGGUAAUCGUGCGCAGGCCAACUAUGCCGCUGGGAAUUGCUUCGAGGAUGCCCUUGCACGGAAAAGUCGCAUUCUCAACAAGCACGCAGUCUCCAUCAACCUAGGCCCCGUUCUUGGUGCGGGCAUGCUCGCAGAUGAUGAGGAGACCCUUGACAAGCUUCGAGCCAGUGGCUUUUACGGCAUUCGCCAUCAGGAUUUCUUGUCCAUGAUCAGCCAUGCCAUCACCAUGGAGAUUGAUCCUCUGAUCUCCAUGCCUCCACAGGUUAUCAUGGGUGUCGGUACUGGCGGUCUUAUCAAACAGAACAAGCCCGCAGACCCAUACUGGUCCCGCACGGCUCUAUACAGCUAUCUUGAUCUUGUUGACAUGCCGCCUCCGGACCUUUCCGCCGUCAACGGCUCUGAGAGGGUCGACAUGAAGUCCAUGCUAGCUUGUUGCACCGAUCCAGACUCGGCCGCAGAGAUCAUCUGUACAAGUCUCUCCCAUAUGCUAGCCAAGUCCAUGAACAUGCUGCCCGAAGAGAUUGACACAGGGAAACCGCCGAAUGUCUAUGGUGUCGAUUCCCUAGUCGCAGUUGGAGUGCGCAACUGGGUUGUCUCUAAUUGUGGCGUGCUGGUCUCGGUUUUCGAGGUAUUGAGCGACAAGACAGUUGCUGAGCUCGCGACAUUUAUUGCCGAGAAGGGGCGCUUUGGUGUUGAUCAGGUUUGA